AUGACUACAACAUCUCCAAACUUCAGUCCCGCUGAACCUGUCACUGAGAAAGAUGGUUUGAUCCACGGCGUUUCCGCACAGGAACUACAAGCCCUGGGCGAGCAAUGCUUUGACGCGAAGACAAGGGCAUACUGCCCAUAUUCUCUCUUCCGCGUUGGCGCCUCCCUCCUCCUCGAACCCACCUCCUCCACAGCUCCGAAUUCAACAUCAUCCUCCACCUACCCCACCUCACACAUCAUAACCGGCGGAAACGUUGAAAAUGCCUCCUAUCCAGUCGGCACAUGUGCUGAGCGCGUCGCAAUGGGAACCGCAGUCUUAGCUGGACACCGCCUUGGGUCGUUCAAGGCUGUCGGCGUCUCUACGGACAUUGUUGAUUUCUGCUCGCCGUGUGGUAUGUGUCGACAAUUCCUGAGAGAGUUCUUAGGACUAGAGACACCGAUAUUCAUGUUCAACAAGGAGGGCAAGUGGAUUGUUAGGACCAUGGGCGAGUUGCUGCCAUUGAGCUUUGGGCCGGACGUGCUGCCGCCGAGGGAGGAGAUGAGGAAGACGCAGGAGGAGGAUAAGGCAAAGGUUGCGUGA